UGGGCUGAAAGCACUCCACAAGCCUCAAGCAGAAGCCAGCCAUGUCCAGCCUGGGGCUCCUGCUCCUGCUCCUGCUUCUGGCACGGCCGGUGUCACCCUCCUCAUUGCCACCGCUGGACACCCCAGAGGGCAAGGCCACCAUCGCCGGCCUCGUCCUCUCGGCACUGGAGAGAGCCACCUCCUUCUUGGAGAAGAGGUUGCCCGAAAUCAACCUGGACGGCGUGGUGGGGUUCCGGAUGCUGGAAGUGCAGCUGAAAGGUGUUCAGGAGGAGUGGGCCCGGGACCCCCGGCUGCGGCCACAGAGCCUGCGCAUGGGGAAGCUGGCGCAGGAACUGGAGCUUCUCCUCCACAGAUCCAUCUCCUACCUCAGGCUCAGUGACCCCCAGUACCUAAGAGAGUUCCAGCCAACCGUCCAGCCCGGAUUUUGGAAGCUCCCACACGUCUGGACACACACCAACACCUCCAUGGUGUACCCCACGAUCGAGAUCCAGGACUCCUUCUCAGAGGAACACAGUGACAUGUGCCUGGUGCAGCUGCUGGGAACCGGGACAGACAGCAGCCAGCCCUGCAUGCUCUCAGACUUCUGCAGGACCCUCAUGACCACGCCUGGCUGCUCAGGCUACUGCCUGUCCCACCAGCUGCUCUUCUUCCUCUCGGCCAGAAUGAAGGGAUGCACGAAGGGGCUGUUCCGCCAGAGCCAGCACUACAUGGACCUGUUCUGCGCCAACAUGAUGGACCUGAACCAGAGGGCCGAAGCCGCCGGAUACGCCUAUCCCAUCCGGGACAUCUUCAUGGAAAACAUCAUGCUCUGUGGAAUCGGUGGCUUCUCCGACUUCUACAAGCUCCGGUGGCUGGAGGCCAUUCUCAGCUGGCAGAAGCCGCAGGAAGGAUGCUUCGGGAGGCCUGAUACUGAAGAUGAGGAAUUAUCUAACGUCAUUCAACACCAGCAGCAUUCUCCGAGAAGAGUCAAGAGGCGGGAAAAACUAUUUGCAGAUGGCUGCUCCUCCCACAACACAGCCAUGGCCGUGGCAGCCCUGGGUGGCUUUCUCUACGCCCUGGCACAAUACCCCCCAGCAAACGGAGAGCCGCGGCCAGCCACACUGGCACCACCAACGACCACUGACAGGGUUGGCUCCAGUCCUGCCGCCCCAAGAUGAAGCCCACGCCUUUAGUCCUUCCUUCCUGAAAUCCCGGGCCACACCCUGAGGAGGCAGCUGAGAGCAAAGCACCCCAGCUUUGUCCCCUCAGGGAACAAGACCAGGGGAGGGGGUCGGGAUGGAUCCAGGUGUGGCAGCAGGUGAAUAAACUCAGAGUGCAGUUGA